AUGGCACCCGCCCGAGGCUGCAUUGCCAGCUCGGCUUCGGUCGAGGUGGAGGGAUCAGAGCGGUUCAAGGCCGGCCACGACAUGCCGACCGCUCUUGUGCCAUUGUGGUUGGCCAGCCCGAGUACAUGGCAAGCAGCAUCGUUUGGAGGCGCUGCUCGCAUUGGGCCUAAUGUGCCUUGUGCUGCGGAGCGUGGUUGGAUGUUUUCUGUGUAA